UCACCUCCACAAUGGCUUGACGAGAUGAUCUCUGAUGCAGACUGGCGAUCACUCAUUUAUCAGUUGUCCGAGACACAUAAGAACUGUCUAAUGUUGAACUUUGCCAUUCAGAAGAUAUCGGAUGCUGGCUAUCAGAAUGAGAUCGCCUCGCUCAGCACUGCAUCCACAUACUUUAGCGUCUUCAACAAGGUGCUCUUGGACUCACUCACACAUCUCGUACAACUAGACGAAGCCGAGCUACAAGAUUCAAUCGGAGAGUUCAAGAAAACAUGUUGUAAUAGUCAACAUACUUAUCUUUAUGCUCAAGCAUUGAUCAGUAACAUUGCUCAGUCACAUCCUAAUUUGAAGAGGAUUGCACAGGAACUUGAGUUGGAGGUGUUUGAGAGAAGUAAGGUGGCCAGGAAGAUAUCAUUGAUGAUGACAAACAUCUCAAGUUACCCUACGAUAUACGAGAGCAUCAUCUCCAUACUUUCAAACAACACUGCAGCCACUGGCGACAUCAUCAAACUUUACAACGAGUACUCCAAGGCGGCCAAUCCGCCACCAGUCGACUUCCUUCGCAUUCCAUCACUGCUACAACAGCCAAAGUCAGAAUUGAACGAGACUAUCAAGGCCAUUGAAGAGGUACAAGGUAUAUGCAAGAUCAAUCCACUUGGAUCAGAGUUACAGAAUGUAGUCCCAGUGCUAAAGGGACACUUGGAACUUCCAAUCAUAUCUAUGGGUAUACUACAAUGGAUUCAAUCCAAUCUGAUGAACACCAACAACAUAUCGAGUUAUAAUACCUUGUGUACACCAGUCUACCUUGAUUUCCUUCGUGAGGCAAGUACCAAAGUUGACCUAGGACGUAUUAUGGCACUGGACCUGGAGAUGCGAAGGACUAUAAUAGACAACAUUGUAUUCAUGUUUAGUUGUGGCCAUGUUAUACCAGUACUCAAUGUGAUUCGCCAGUGGGCUCCAAAGAUCGAUCCAUCACUCGUACGUUACUUUAUCAAUCAAGUGCUGGAGAUCAUCGAACCACCAUACUCUAAAGAGUUUAUCAAGUCAAUGUCUGGCAUCAUCGAGAUGGUCAAUCCACACCUUACAGACAACAAGGAGAAUGUACAGAUAUUCCUUGGUAUGUUAAUGUUAAGGUCAUCCACUGGCGGUCCCGCCUGCUACUGCUCCUCACUAACCUUAUCCCUUCUUCCAUCCCAUCCAUGCCCAACCAACUCCCUUCCCAUCCCAUCAAUCAGACCA